AUGUGCUCCUCCCUCCACCAUCCCUGUCCUGGUCAGAGCCCAGACCGGCAGGACCACCCAGUCUUGGAUGGUGAGCCUCCAGAGCCAAGAGCAGAAGCAAACCUUCCUUCAGAAGCAGUUUCUUUAAGGAUGAAGAUGAGAGCAGAAGUUAGAAAACCCAAAAUGUCCUCACCACUCAUAUUAAUGGAUAAUUUAACGAUAACAAAACCAGAUGAUGAUGAUGAUGAUGAUGAUAAAACAGACAAGGCUGAUUGUCAUUUGGUACUCAUCAGCUCAGCUUGGUUGAAGAAACAGAGGAUGUUUAACCUGGGGGACGAGAAAGAGCUAGCCCCCUACGAUGAAAACUGGUUCUACACGCGAGCCGCGUCCACAGCGCGGCACCUGUACCUGCGGGGCGGUGCUGGCGUCGGCUCCAUGACCAAGAUCUACGGGGGCCGGCAGAGGAACGGCGUCAUGCCCAGCCACUUCAGCCGCGGCUCCAAGAGCGUGGCCCGCCGGGUCCUGCAGGCCCUGGAGGGGCUGAAGAUGGUGGAAAAGGACCAGGACGGGGGCUGCAAACUGACACCUCAGGGACAAAGAGAUCUGGACAGAAUCGCUGGACAGGCAGCUGCCAACAAGAAACAUUAGAACAAGUGAUGCUGG